GGAAUGCACGUCUCUUUAAUUUUCUUUCCUUAGCUUGCCCUUGCCCCAACUCCUGCCAGUAAAAUAAAUAAUACUACUAAUAUAGUACUAUUAAAUACAUCUGCAUGCAUGAAUAUUAUGGGACGCAGUAAUAGUUGCAACAAAUCAUUCUGCAGCAACUACAUGGUGCUAAAGCCAGAAGAAUGUAGUGCAUUAGAUUUGGCAGGAAUACUGUUUUCCAGUAAAAAUAGGGGACAAAGAAAAUUCCUAGAUUGCCCUUAUGAACAAAUGACGACCAAGGUGCUCUUUCCACAUAGAUGGAUUAUUUUCAUUUCCAUUCUAGUCCAGAAGAUUUUGCUUGCAAUUGCUGAACCUUUGGCAAAGUUGGGCAAUGCCACUGAGUACUGGCUUAACCUUCAGAACGUUAACGGCGGAUUACUCCGUCUUAUUUUCAACUUCUUAAGAGGUAAAGUUGUUGUACUACCGGAUAAGAAAUCAGCGACCUUCUUAUCAUUUGUUGGUAAUUUGGAUAAAAGAGUUGAGCUGGAUAUUAAGAGUACUAUUAUUGAAGUUGGAAGUAGGAGAUACGAUGAGGCAAUUAUCACCAUGAUGGCUGCAAAAGCAGCUUAUGAGAACAAAGCAUUUAUAGCAAGUGUUGUCAAGGAUCACUGGAAGAUGGAUCUGGUGGACUCCUAUGAUUUCUGGAAUGAUUAUGAGGAGAAAGCUACAACACAAGCAUUCGUUCUUCAAGAUAAAAAUGUGGGGCCCGAGCUGAUUAUUGUGGCAUUUAGAGGAACAGAAUUCUUCAGUUCUGACGAUUGGAUAUCGGACUUUGAUCUCUCUUGGUACGAAAUUCCUGGCAUGGGCAAAGUCCAUGCCGGAUUUAUGAAAGCUCUGGGGUUACAAAAGAACCGCGGAUGGCCUAAAGAUAUUGAACAAACUGUUAAUAAUCAGCCAUCUCCAGCCUACUAUUUCCUAAGGAAAUUACUCAAACAAAUUUUGGAGAAAAAUGAAAAGGCAAGGUUUGUGGUUACAGGUCACAGCUUAGGUGGAGCACUUGCAAUAUUAUUUCCAGCAAUAUUGGGAUUCCAUGAGGAAACUUGGCUGUUGAAAAGACUAGUGGGGGUUUAUACAUAUGGUCAACCAAGAGUUGGAGAUGAAAUUUUCGUUGAAUACAUGAAGGGAAAAUUAGCAAAACAUGAGGUUCCAUACUAUAGAGUUGUCUACUGCAAUGACCUGGUACCAAGACUGCCAUAUGAUAAUUCUACUUUCAUGUUCAAGCACUUCGGAAAAAAUCUUAGAUGAAGAACCAAACAAGAAUGGGUGGGAUGUGUUAUUAUUUAUACCAAAGAUGUUAAAUGCUGCUUGGGAGCUCAUCAGAAGCUUUAUUCUACCUCUUCCAUGUUUUGGUGGAAGAAAGUAUAAGGAAGGUGGUCUUCUUUUUAUUAUGAGAGUGAUAGGCUUGUUAUUUCCAGGUGUACCAGCUCAUUGUCCUCAGGAUUAUGUCAAUGCUACCAGGCUUGGAUCAUCCUUAUGCCACUGAUCAAAAGAUUGGUUAAUAUAAUUAUGAAUUUAUUUAUUAGUGUGUACUAGUGUACGUGCCUCCUUUUAGAUUUCUAAUAAUGGAUCGUCUAUCCUGUAAAUUGGUCUACUACGUACCCUUAAUUGUUUGAAAUGCAGAGUUAUUGAUAAGUUUUUUAAUUGAUUUUUAUUC